GAACAACUGGAGUCUACGGUUAUUGGUAGUCCCACGAGCGAGAUAGAACGUCCACGGCGGAGAGGCUCGAUGUAUACCGCGCUUGGGCAUAUAGCCGACUGUAAGGUGCCAGCUGUUGCGCCGUACUGAUUUUCCGUAGCUUGACGCUGGCUCGGCUUACCAGCUAUUUAAUCGAAUAAGUGUGUCACGCGGCUCCUAUCGCUGAUCGACAUGAGCGGUGAUCAUCUCAGACGGCCACUGAUCCUUCUGUUGCUUGUCGGUGGCUGCUGUGCCGUGUUGAAAAAACCGAUAAUCCAGGCUCUGUACGAUGGGGACACGUUAAACGUUCAUCUCUCUAAGAGUGAUGAUUUGUACGUUGAACAGAUAACCAUUGCCCCGAGUAGCAAUGUUACCCUUAACAUAACAAACGUUUCAUCUUCCACCUCGUUUAUUAUCGCUCAAGUUCAUGCGUAUCAAUAUAAAGUUACGUUGUCGUACGAUAAGGAUCAUUUACAUGUAAUUUCUAAUAGAAGUGUGUUUGGGUCGAAUAUCGGCCUACACAUACCGAUGAAUCCUUCGGUGGUGAUAACACAUUUAUACUUGGAGAACGAUAAUGUCCAUACCGUUCAUGCUGUAAUUGCUGCAGUUGCUUACAAUAACAGAGCACCCAUACCGGGUGGAUGCAAUAUGGAGUUCAAUACCGAAAUCGCGCCGUACGCGAAAGUACAGCUAGACAACACGAUGAUAAUAGUCGAUACGCAACCAGCAUCUAUACCUGCUAACAAAUUGGCUUGCGACAAAAAUCCGGUGCAACACAAAAUGUAUCAGAUGUACUUGACCGAACAGGACUAUAGCGUCGGGUCCUACAUGACGGGUAUUAUAAAUAUGCUCACCGUGGAGGAUAUCUUGCAGAAUGGCAACGAGGUCCCGGACAGCACUAUACUCCCGCCAAUGAGAAAAAUCUUCAACGCAUACACCGGAACUGGUUCUGUCUACGUCACAGUGGCUACUUACAACAAUGUUUCGGCUGCAUACAUACCCACUUUCUCGCAGGGUUGCAAUCCCUUAGUUGAUCCAGACUCCUGCCAGGUUUUAACUAGCGCCUUCCAGAAAUUCGUCUGCGCCUGCUGCUUCUUCACAGGUUUCCUAUCUUUGCUAUUAGGACCCCGUUGUCCCAAUAUCGACCAGGGUGUACCUGUGUUAUUCGUCGGAACCGCGGUCACUUACAUUUUCAUACUGAAUAUCGGUUGGGCCCUGCUAUGUGGGCUUGCCGUCGUGAUCAUCUGGGGAAUAACCGACUUCUUUCACCAAUUCAUCAACAAAAUUCUGUUUAACAUCAGCUUGGGAUUCUUCGUCGCUUGUGUCACCUACUUCAUGGCGCCAGAUUCUCUUGCAUCUAUUCACAACAAUGAAGCUUUUUGGUUGCUGUUCGUAACCUUGGUAGUUAUCACUUCGGUUCUCACGUUGAUGUUCAGUAAUUUUACCAGUAUGAUAACUUGUACCAUAUAUUCAACCUUCAUGAUGGUGUUACCGCUGGAUUAUUAUUUUGGUUCUUGCCUAAAAUAUAUGAUUAUAAAUGUGAUAAGGAGGGCGACCGUUGAGGGUUUCAAUAACGCUAUUGUUUCACAUCCUAUUCAGGCAAUCGAUAUUACGUUAAUCUCGGUGUGGGUAAUAUUGGCAUUAUAUGGACUCUAUAGACAAAUCACAUUAGGUAUGUCGAGCGCUGAAUCCCUUUCUCAUAGGAGCUAUGUCACUUUGUGAACGUGAUGAACCAACUUCGACUGAGUAGUUAUAUAAGUUGAUAUUUUUUAAUUACCAAUAAAGCUACAAAUAAACUUUAUUAGAUGUACCAAAACCCUGUUCCAGUAAUUCAUUGAUAAGGUACUAUGUCGUCACUCGUAUUGGGUUAUAAAACAGCGACAGUGAAUUAUCCACAUUUUAAUCGUAUUUUUGUUUUUCAACGGCAUUAUUAUAUAAUUUUUAAAUCUUAUAUCUUUUUAAAUGUAAUGUUUAUUAGCGCACAUUAAGAUACGAUGUAAAUCAUUAGGGUUUAGAUUAAGUAUGUAAUUUUAUAAGAAUUUUUGUAUGUUUUAUAUGAAGCCAAUUUUGGUUAGUUAAUAAUACCUACAGUAUAAUUGUUCCAAAGACUAUUUGUUUUAUGAGAAAUAAAAUACUAUCUAAGAGAA